AUGAAGCGCAAGUACGAUUCCAACGACAUGUUUCAUUCUGGUGAGAUCAAUCAGGCGGAAUUCUUCUUCAUGAUAAAAGAAGAGCGAAGACCAUUAACACUGGGUAUCUUAAAGUUUGCUGACGUCCCCGAGACUCAAAAAUUCCUUACUUUCGACCAGUAUUUACUCUGCAUCGUGAACUUCGCUGUACUUACCAAGCCUGAACUAUAUCAGUUCGUCUUCGAUCUGUACGAUGACGACCAAUCUGGUGCCCUCGACGAGCGUGAAUUCACUAAAAUGAGUCUAGAGCUGCAGAGUCAGCAAUUUCACUUCCAAGCAAACGUUUCUGUGGCUAUAAAGCUGCUCGAGGGCAAAGAGGGUCGUGCUGUUUUCGCUCCUGACGACGGAAUGGUUGAUCUGGGCGAAUUCAUGAAAUUUGCAAAAAAUUUCCCAGUAGCAUUUUACCCGAUCAUGAAUAUGCAGAAGAACGUGCGUGCCUCCACACUCGGCGAAUCUCGCUGGUCGCACAUCACAGCUAGUAAGCUCAAAGUCCAAGAGCUUGUUAGCUUCAUGCGUCGUCAUCAGGGUGCACUUCCGCAACUCACAUUUCGUGAAAGUAUCGUAAAUAUUUUCUCCAGUGAAGUAUUUUACAUUCGCAAGCGUGCUGGCGAACUUUAUGCUAUUGAGCUUGCUCAACGCCAUCGUCUCAGCACCGAUGAUGUCGACGAAGGUUAA